GGUGAAAGUAGGUGAUUCGUCAGAAGAUGGAAAUGAAGGUCGUAUUUCGUUUAAGUCAGACGUGGAACGUCUUCAGCAGACUCGACGUGUUUAUAGGUCUGCCCAAGAUCUGACCCACAAGCUGGAGUCUGUUUUCAGGCACAAGCAGGCCUACAGGGUUGUCUUUGAGAAAGACUCAAUAGAAAUGCGCAUGAGAUUGCGUGAUCUUUGUGAACGUUUGAUGAUGCUUCACCCGAUUGAUUUUGGGAGAAAAGCAGAAGAGAUUCUCUGGUGGAAAGUCUAUUAUAAUGUCAUUACCCUGGCUAAGAAGAGUAAAAAGUACAUACGCAGCGGUUCUUCCCUGGAGUGCGCGUACCGGACACACCUCUUGGCCGCUACAGGAUUCUACCAUCAUCUCCUGAUGAGGCUACAGUGGGAGUAUGGCCUGCAGGAGAACCACAUCAUGGACUUCAUCAGCUUCCCGGAUCAAGACCAGGUCAAAGAUACCUGCAUGGAUGCCAAUAAACCAGAGGCCAAAGACUGGGCUCAGAAAGCCUGUCACCGAUGUCUCAUCUAUCUUGGUGACUUGGCAAGGUAUAGGCAGGAAUUUGAAGGUCCUAGUAGUUGUCUUCUUGCUCAGCGAUUCUACCACCAAGCCCUGGUCCUGAACCCUGCCAUGGGCAUGCCUCAUAAUCAGCUGGGUACCCUGGCCGGAACGCGCUAUCAAGGACUCGAUGCAGCCUAUCAUUACUUGCGUUGCUGGUUAUCAGAUCUGAGGUUUGACGGUGCUAUUGCGAACUUGGAAAAGGUGUUUGAAAGAAAUCAGAAGAGAUUUAAUGAGUUGCCUUCGAGUCCAAGCCCUGAUCUUCCAGCAGAAUUACAGAGACCACGGGACAUCAAACAGUUUCUGAUUCGUUUCCUCUACCUGCAAGAGCUGUUUCAGCCAAGCAACAAGACGUCCACUGACACCCUGCCGUCGCUAUGUCAGGAGGUGCUGCAGGGCUUCCACCAGUGCAUGCUGCAUGGCGCCGUACCUCAUGCAAGGCAAAGGGACGAGGAGGGCAGAGAGAGCUAUCUGUCCAAUGAUAUUAUCUUCAAACUGGUUGUGCUUACUCUGAUGAGUACAUAUAGGCUUCAGAAAGCAGGUUCCAAGCAAACCUCCACAGCUGUUGUCUUCACCCUCGCCUUAUUCUCGUACAUACUCAACCAUCUUUGUGAGAAACUCAACAAUGCUGUCUACAGAAAGAUUUAUCCCGACCAGACUGCUACUGCUUUCACAAAAGCCCAAGACUCGGGUGGAUCAACCGACGGCCGAGCCAGUCCGGCCAACACCAUCACACCUAUCCUGAGCCAGGACGUAGACAGCGACGGCACUGUCAAACCGGCCAAGAAGAAGCAGCAGAAGAAGAAGCCCAAGACGGUGCUGAAGGCCAUGCGACGCCGUCGGAAGAGGGCCGGGAUGGGGGCCCACACCAGCGAGGAAUCUGACCUCAGCGAGGGGGAACCCGGAGAGGACAAUCAAUCCAACGGUAGCUCUGGAGAGUCUGGGGAGGAGAGGGUUCUGGCUGCUGAAUCAGAUAGUGAUUAUUUCAUGGACAGCCAGGAGCUUGAGCUAGAUGAUGAAGAGGCUUUGGAGAAACAUAAUGUUCAUGAGGAUUUCCAGACCCCUCCCCCAGGUGAAGGUGAGGAGGUCGCCCUCAACAUCAUGAACGACAUCAUGGUGGAAGACAUGUCCUCUCAACUCAUCACCCCUCCCGCCGGCCCCACCCAUACCCCUCCCGGUAGGCGUAACAUCCGCCUGGCACCAAGCUUCGACGCUUACACCAAGGAAACAUCGUCUUCAAAGACCAAGGAAGAUGGCCAGGAUAAGAAAGGGGGAUCCCCCAUGGGGUCCUUACAGACUUCUCCAGGAAAAGAAAACAAAGAUACCAGUGUCACUAGUGCUUCAACCAGCCCAACGGAACUACAGACCAGUCAGAUCCCUCUACCGCUGAUCAUGGAGAUAUUGACAAGCGAGGGCCUCCUACCUGUCAUUAAGAUCCUCACUGAUUGGCUGCGGACUAAUGAAGACUUCAUCAUAAAGACAGCACAGAGUUCUCAGCCACUCUGGGCUAGACUAGCCAGUCUCCUCAACAUGUGUCCCCAUGAAAAGUCACUUGUAAACCAAGAUUGGUGUGGUAGCAUUGCCCUGAGACAGCUCCUUGAGGGUGCUCUCAACAGUGGAAAUGGCAAGACAUGGUACCAGCCUAUUCCUCUGACUGAAGACAUCGCUAUAUGGACCAUGCCGCCUCUACAGUACCUACAGAAGAAGAUGAAGUUCGGAAUCCAUCAUGACCUGGACCUGACUGCACAAGAAGAGACUGUGAUACGAGUCCUGUGUCUUCGUCAGUUUGGUUACUACCUGAGCAGUAUCGAGGGUAUCAGUCUUUGUUGCGAGGAUGAUCACUUCAUCAGUGAAGCUGUAGACCAGUCUGAUGAACAAGAAGAUGACGAACCCCAGCAACAACCACAGGAUGAUGAAUCUCAAGGAAGUGAUAAACCUGAAGAAAAAGUUGAUGAUGGAGAAACAAGGAGAAUGCAAGUUAUGAGAGGAAUGGCCCAGCUUAGAUUACAGUCUGAAGUAAGUCAGCUCGAAGGCAGUAUAGAACCCCUGGGCAUGGACACUCUUUCACCUUACCUGAUCCCAGAUACUGCUGUCUUAUCCAAUCAGCUAUCAGUUGUGAGAUCGUUAGUCGCUACAUCUCGAUUCAUCUUCAUUAUACCUAAAGCAGUUGUUUCUCAAUUGGAUGUCAACAAGAAAUACCAAUCCAAGGCUCGAGAAGCGAUUAAGUUCAUGGAGAAAGAAUUCCAAAUUGGCAACAGAUACUUAAGAGCACAAAAAGAUAAAGAGAGUCUACGCUUUGAUGACAACUCCAAAGCAAAGAUAGAUGAUGUUAAUGUCAGAACCUUCUGCAGCAUAGCGGAAUGUGCUCACUUCUUUGCCGUUCGCUCCGGGGAUCCCUCCUUGCGUAGCCCUGCCAACCCUACCCCAGGGGGGAUGGUCACCAUUCUCACACACCAGGAGCCAUCGGACAAUCCCAGGGUGACGGCCACCAUCGACAAGCUUCUCAACGUCGGUGUCGACGUCACCACGGCCAGGGAUUUCCAAGCUAGAUGGCAGGCCCAUACGUGAAGGGAGAUCGGAGGAAAAAAAAGAAAAUUCCGCUGCACUGGAGAAGACCAGAGGAGAAUUUCAAGACAUAUUUGGUGACCUAGAUGACUGAUGCCUACAGGAAGGAGGAGUGCUGUUGACUGGAGGAAAGAGGAAGGCAAGAAGCGUCACAGUUCACAUCGUUUCCUGGCUGUGGGUAUGGCUUUCCUCACUCUACAACUUAAUGUGUACUAACCAUACCACCCCAUAUGUGACUGGGGCCACUCAAAAGUUAAAACCAUCUACGAGGGACAAAUCAGGUCACCAACGACUUUCUCUUUGUGAGUGAAUGGAUUGCUUAAUAUCGAGGCAUUUAUGAGUGGCAGGUCAAUUCAGCUAUGAGUGUUCUUGGCUUGUUGAAAAGGA